AUGACUGUCCAUAUAGUUAUGAUCACGUUGUACGGAGGAAGUACGUCGCAGACUAGUGGUGGUGUCGUGUUUUUCGCUAGCAAAGUCAUAAUCCAUCCGUACUACAACCCAGAAACACAUGAUAAUGAUGCGGGUAUAGUUCAAAUCAAAAAUUCCUUCCAAGGAUACAAAAAUAUUGCUCCAAUUGCUCUCCAAGAUGCGGAAGUUCCUAGUAACACUACCUGCUACGCGGCAGGAUGGGGUUAUAACAACUAUGACCGAAAAACCUCUCCAGACAAUCUGCAAUAUGCCACUCUGCAAGUAAUUUCACCGCAGCAAUGCUCAGCAGCAUGGAGUAGCUAUGCUACACCACAAUUUAUUUGUGCCCAGCAAAACAAUAAUGGUGAUGUAUGCAACGGUGAUAGUGGAGGACCAUUCGUUUGUAACGACAAGCUAACGGGUGCCACCUCGUAUGGUGGUGUAGCUUGCCGUGGCAAGUUACCUUCUGCGUUUACGAAAGUUUUUGCUCCAGCCAUUCGCGAAUUCAUUCGUAGCAUUGCGGGAAUUUAA